AUGUUACAACCAGAUGGAGAAAGGUCAGAUGGAGCUGAGGAAACUGUGGUUGACGAUCCUUUGCCCAAUGAGCUUUCAGACGCUCCCUCAGUCAAAGCUGUCGACAAGCCGAAACCAAAGUCGAAGCCACACAAGGCAUUGAAGAAAGCCUCCACUAUAUCAAAAAAGAAACCAGUUGCUAAGGAAGUUGUAGAAGAGUCUUCUGAAAGCACGAAGGACAAAAAAAUUGUGCUUCUGGUCUCACAGGCUAGAAGUGAAGGAUCCCAACGGCUCAGUCUCACACGCGGAACAUCAUUUGAAGAUGCACUGGAGAUCAUACAUGAGACGAUAGGAUGUGUUGAUGUCACUCGCAAACCAUCACUGUCAUACAAACUCUGGACAGCGACAGUGAAGUCUGAUGCCAUCAAUCUUGGUAGUGAGGAGGACUGGGCGAAAUGCAUUGGAGAUAUUGUCGAUGCCGAAAACAAGAAGAAGGGAGUGACAGUACCUGUUAAAAUUGUGGUGCCUGAACAGUACAUGGAGUUCCUUCGUGCCCAUUCUAAGAGGCCAGCGGCAAAACCAAAAGGAAAGAAGCCGGCACUAUUGAACCUCGACAACAGUGAUCCCAAUGAUGAAGGAGAGGAUGAAGGAAUGGCAGAGAAAGAAAAAGGAUUCCUCACUCAACUCGAGAAGACCCUAAAUAAUUGUCAGCGUUGCGGCACCUCCAAGUGGUGUAAAAUCGAUCAGGGUGGUAAUCAUGUCAAUCUCACAUUCAACCAGCAUUGUGGUUGGCAACCGGCACUCACGGUGUCACAUUGA